AGGGAAGAAUCAUUGGCAGAAUCCUUUAUUAGGGUAAGCAGAUGCGACUAUCAACGCGGGCGCCAGAAGGUUUGAUUGGUCUUCCAGCCGCAGCUGGCCCCCAAAAUGUGCCUUGGCCUUGUAACAUGGCCUGGGUCUCCUGAGACCUUCAGGAUGGAACACGCCUAUCAACCUUAUGAAUUAUGCUAUGUUGCGGCACAGUUGUAUUCAGGAUGCACUAGGACUGCUAAACGCGUUUCUUACAAGUUGUUCACUUUCCUCUUUCCCUUGAAUGUUGGUUUUUUCUCUCGGGUUGGACGUCAUGAAGUCGUUACUCUUGUCAUUGCUUUUUGGCGCGUUGAACGUCCUUCAAGUCGAGGGAACAUGCUACAAUCCCGAUGGCUCCGCGAUCACUGAUCCUGCGUAUCAGCCAUGUAAUCAAUUUUCAGGAGUAUUCUCCAUGUGCUGUGGCACGAAUCACACAGGAGCCGUCGCUGUAGAUGUCUGUCAAGGAGACGGACUGUGCCAGAACUCUGGAGAUUCUGUAUAUUGGCGGCAAGGCUGCACAGACAAGACGUGGAAAAGCCCGUACUGUUUGAAAUUGUGCACUACAUCAGCAGAGGGCGGUGAUGCGUCAGACAAUGUGCCCGUAGGCCAGUGCAGCGAUGGAAGUUGGUGUUGUGGAGGGGUAAAUGCGACAUGUUGCCAGGACAAACUCGGUGUCGUGAUCGCCGCCACGGUGGGAGCUUCUUCGACUUCCUCUUCAUCAUCAUCAUCAUCAUCAUCCUCCACAUCCAUGUCUACUCAAACCUCUUCAUCCGCGACAACAACUCCACCAUCAACCUCGAGUACAUCCACGAACACGCCAACAUCAAUCGCUUCCUCCGGUUCUUCCAGCGGCCUCGACAGCGGAAUGAAAAUAGGCAUCGGAGUUGGGAUAGCAGGCGGCGUGAUCGCAAUCAUUGCUGUCGCAGGCGCAUUCUUCGUCCUCAGAAAACGUCGUGCCGCCACAGACUACACACAGAAUGGUACAGGGCCGGCAUUUACACCAUACCAGGAAGCAGAGCCAAAACCAUAUCCGGUCGAGGUUCCUGAAAAUGUACAUCGAGCCGAACUUCCGAACGGACCGCGGACACAUGCGAGUAAUGUUGAACUCGCUGCUUAGUGUUGGAUGUGCUGUAUAUACGUACACCCAUUUGAAAAGGCGUUGGUGAACUGUAUUGGGGACAUUCAAGUCAAUUUAUUUUUCUGCUGCAAUUUAGCGUUCGAUUUUCUCAGGCAAAAUUAGGUGGUACACCGACCUCGAGGGCUUUGUUCUAAUGAGAUAAAUGUUUGAGUUUUCGGUCAAGAGGGCUUAAGUAUAGCCUUAUGUACAGUACCAACACCCUUUGUCAACCGCAAGGCUGCUUCAUAUCUUAUGCGAGAGACAUGUUCAC